AUGAGCUCUUAUGCCACACCCUACUACCCCCCAUCCCGGCCAGCCAACAACACCGCUCCCAACAUGGCUUCUCCCAGUCGUUCUGCACCUCUGCAGGGAUCGCCAGCGUCGCAUCCGAAUGCCGUCAACCCGAGCACAACCUCGUCUGCUUCUCCCAAUGGUCGCACGCGUGCUCAGACAGCCGCUCUUGCCAACGGUGCCUCGUCUCAUACCUCCAGCUACGGCGUCAAUGGUUCCAAUAUGUCUUACAAUGGAUCCCGCAGCAUGCGCACCAGCCCUCAGAUGCGUGCCGUGUCGCAUCACAACCACGCGCUCAUCCCUUCCCUUCAGAGCCUCGGAGCGGCCUCGGUUCAGGGCGCUGCAACAAGUCCGAGCCACUCCCAGCCACACUCCGGUCCGCAUUGGGAACGCCACACCACCGAGCUCACCAACUGCAUCAUCGCCUUCCUCUCGCCCAUACUCCCCACAGAGGAAGAGUAUCGCAUCAAGGAAGCCACGCGUCGCCAGCUCGAGAAACUCGCGCUUCGCGUCAGUCCUGGAUGCAAACUCCUCGCUUUCGGCUCCAUGGCCAACGGCUUUGCUCUUCGCAACUCGGACAUGGACUUGUGCUGCCUCAUGGGCAAGGGUCAAGACGGCCAGCCGACAACGCAGCACACCGCCUCCGAGCUCGUCGAGACUCUGGGCCAGCUCAUCCGUCAAGAGACCGAUUUCACCGUCAUGCCCUUGCCCAAGGCCCGCAUCCCCAUCAUCAAGAUCAACCGCUCUCCGACUCUCGACCUGCCCUACGAGAUCGCAUGCGAUAUUGGCUUUGAGAAUCGUCUCGCGCUCGAAAACACGCGCCUGCUGCUCAGCUACGCUAUGGUUGACCCGCAGCGCCUCCGCACGCUCGUCCUCUUCCUCAAGGUGUGGGCAAAGCGCAGAAAGCUCAACUCUCCUUAUAUGGGUACGCUGUCCUCAUACGGCUAUACGCUCAUGGUGCUCUUCUUUUUGGUGCACAUUAAGAACCCUGCUGUGCUGCCCAACCUCCAACGUGUGCCUCCAACACGCAACAUGAGACCCGAAGAGAUGGAGCUCAACGGCAACGACAUCUACUUCUACGACGAUGUGGCAACGCUGCGCAAGACGUGGGCCUCCGAGAACACCGAAAACGUCGGCGAGCUGCUCGUCGACUUCUUCCGCUACUUUAGCAAAGAGUUCGGAUAUGUGCGCGACGUGAUCAGUCUCAAGUCCGAGACCGGCCUGCUCUCAAAAGAGAGCAAGAAUUGGAACGCCGAGCUGUGCAUCGAAGAUCCCUUCCAGGAGGGGUACAACGUUUCGCGCACCGUUACCAAGGACGGCCUGUACACCAUCCGAGGCGAGUUCAUGCGUGCCAGUCGCAUCCUUACCAACACGCGCGGUCAAAAGAUUUCGGUGCUCAUCGCCGAGCUGUGCGAGGAGCGCGAGGAUAGUCUUAGCCGUGCACCGGAUGGGCCCAGUCCCAUGAAUCGCUAUGCGUACAACCCGCACCUCGGCAUGGCGGCGGGCAACGCCACCAGCUUCCAUGGUACAGGCGCGACAGGUGGGCGUCAUUACCGAGACACGUACGGCGCCCAUCGACGCUACGAUGCCAGCAGCAGCAGCGGUUACGGUGGAAGCUUCGCUUUCGAGCAGAUGGCACGCGGGCUUGGUCAAGGUGUCGCCUAUCCGCCCACUGCCGCCAUGCUCGCGCCGCUGUCGCGAACGCACGGACUCAAUCCCAAGCCGCAACCCCCGCGCUUUGCAGCGGCCGCCCAGUCGCACAACACUGCAGAGGCUGCCGGAUCGUUCAGCUCUGCUCAGAGCGAUUCGGGUGGCUACGCACCGAUCGACUUUACGAGAGCUAGCAUCGGCCACGCUUCGGCGCGCACCUCGCCCUCUUUCAAGCAUGCCGUCCCUGCCGGAUAUCACCCCUCGAGCGGCGCCGGUGCUCAAGAAGCAUUCGCGUACGGUGCCGAAAUUAGCUUUGGUGCGCCUACUCUGGCCUCCACACGCGAUGAUUUGGGGAGCACGCCACGGGGCAAGACGUCGCGCUCGUUUUCUGAAACGCUCAACCGAUCCAAGUCGCUGCCUCGCGCUGCUGCUCUGGCCAACGGUGUUCAUCUCCGAGCGCAGCUCGGGUCCAAUGCUACUGCUGCUGCAGCAUCGUUGGCGCCACACGUGCACGCCGCUGCUGAAGGAUCGAUACCGACACCCGUGCCUGCCACGUUCUACGAGUCGAGCUCGCCGCAGUCCCUUACGCCAGCGGAUCUCGAGUCGCGUAUAGCUACACUGUCAGUACAGCAGGCAACAGCGGCAGCUCCAGCGUCGGGACCAGGAUUUGGACCGCGCAGGUUAUCCAAUUCGAGCCACGCUUCGUCCUCGGCGCUGUUUGACAGCAACAGCGCCAGCACUCUGCUGUGCUCAUCUGCCAGCUCGCCUUGGUCAUUGGGUCCUGCCGCCGGAGAUGGUCGUCGACCGUCGCAUCCACAGCAGCAGGCAGACACACACGCUUUGGUGCAAGAAUACCUUCGUCGAGCCGCUCAACUUGGAACCGAGCCGAUGCUUUCCAUCGACGCGGACAAGCUUGCGCUGCGCAUCGACGAGGAUGCUGUCGACGAGGACGACCAGGACACGGGCUCUGUGAUCAGCGAAGCGACGCUGGACGAGUUGGCACGGCUGUCGGAGUUGGACGAUGCAGACUCGUCGGGAGCGAGUCCCGAGUGGCGAGCGGUGGAUGCGGCUAAAGCAGCGAAUGCUGGGGACAAGGAGGUGCCGUCUCCACCGAAGACGUCACUUCGAUUGCCAGAGUCGAUCCUGCAGCAGGCCAAGAUGAGGAGGAAGGCGCAGCAUGCAGAGGCGGCGGCGGCGGCUGCAGCUGCGGCAACCAGUGGCAUUGCUAGGAAGGACCGGGAGAAUAGCACGGCGAGAAUGAGCUGA